AUGGAGCAACAAAAUGCAAUUGCAUCAUCUGAUCAGCAAAUUCGGAUAAGAGAUGACAAGAAAGAGGGUUUGAUGGACAGGACGCAAUCAUCGCAAAAAUCUGUGGGCCGUGAAACAACUAUCAGUGAAGUGAAACACGGUGAUACCCAAGGUUGUGAUACUAAUAGUACUUUUUCAAAUAACGGAACUUAA